CCCGGGCUCCCGGUUGCGCGGACCCCGCGGUCGGUGCUGAGGUUCCUGAGCCGCGGAGUGUCGGACUCCGUGCCGGGUAACGGGGCUGCAACUGCGGCCGCUUCUGAAGCGGGACGCUCGGCGUGGACCAGAAGCCGUUAGCACCGGAAGCACCGCGGAGGCCUUCAAAAUAAAGGCCGGUUACAAGCUAGCCUCUUUAGCUCACUGAGCGUUCUGAAACGCUGUGGAGGUCCGACGACACCGGCAACUAGACCGUUUCACAUUGAGCUAGGAAGCCGAUCCCUUCACCUCUUUUAUGACCAGUGUCUCUAGUGGAGAGCGCCCAUCCGGAAGUGCGACCCGUUUUGACUGGACCGGACUCUUUUUCAUCGUCAACCAGCUGUGGAAAAACCGCUGGAGAGUGACGUCAGCCUUUUCGGAUUCUGUCCGCGUUUGUUGUGACAUCGCCGGCGACGAUUCUGACGUCAUCGCCAUCCGACUAUGGAGAGGAUCGGAGAGGACACCACUGACGCUCAGGCCCGGCCGGCGGACCUUAGCGGCGGAAACAUGGCGUCGGUAGCUGAGUUCUACAGUGGCAAGAGCGUGCUCAUCACCGGAGCCACAGGCUUCAUGGGAAAAGUGCUGGUGGAGAAGCUUCUGCGGUCGUGUCCUGACGUCAAAGCCCUCUACAUCCUGGUCAGACCGAAGGCCGGCCACCCCAUGCAGCAGCGGGUCAGCGACAUGAUGAAGUGCAAGCUCUUCGACCGAGUGCGGGAGGACAACCCCGACUUCCACCAGAAGAUCAUCCCCAUCAGCAGCGAACUGAUGCAGCCGGGCCUGGCCAUCAGUCCUGAAGAUGUGGAGAGGCUGACCGCCUGCAUCAACAUCGUCUUCCACUGUGCUGCCACCAUCCGCUUCGAUGAGCCCCUCAAACACGCCCUGCAGCUGAACGUGAUCGCCACGCAGCAGCUCAUCAGCCUGGCCCAGCAGAUGCACCACCUCGAGGCCUUCAUCCACAUCUCCACCGCCUAUGCAAACUGCAACCGCAAGUACAUCGACGAGGUCAUCUACCCACCGCCAGUGGAGCCCAAGAAGCUCAUCGAAUCUCUCGAGUGGAUGGACGACGCCAUCGUGCAGGACAUCACCCCGCGGCUCAUCGGCAACCGGCCCAACACCUACACCUACACCAAAGCCCUGGCUGAGUGUGUGGUGCAGCAGGCGCAGGACCAGCUCCCCAUCGGCAUCAUCAGACCCUCCAUUGUUGGAGCCAGCUGGCAUGAGCCGUUCCCCGGCUGGAUCGACAACUUCAACGGGCCGAGCGGCGUCUUCAUCGCCGCUGGCAAGGGCAUCUUGCGCACCAUGAGAGCCAACAACGAUGCGGUGGCCGACCUGAUUCCUGUGGACGUGGUCAUCAAUCUCACCCUGGCUGCUGGCUGGUACACUGCCAUUCGCAGACCCAAAACUGCCUUGGUCUACAACUGCACCACCGGAGGCAUCAACCCGUUCCACUGGGGGGAGAUCGAGCACCACGUGAUGUCGUCCUUCAAGAGGAACCCUCUGGAGCAGGCCUUCCGCCGGCCCAACGCCAACAUCACCUCCAACUAUCUGAUGAACCAGUACUGGAUCUUGGUCAGCCACAAGUUCCCCGCCUUCAUCUACGACCUCUUCCUGCGUCUGUCGGGUCAGAAGCCUCAGAUGAUGCGCAUCUUCAACCGCCUCCACAAAGCCAUCGGCCUGCUGGAGUACUUCAGCAGUCAAGACUGGGAGUGGAACUCUGAGAACGUCAGCAUGCUCAUGAGUCAGCUGAGUCCAGAGGACAGGAAGAUCUUCAACUUCGAUGUUCGCCAGCUGAACUGGCCGGAAUAUAUUGAGAACUACUGCAUCGGCACCAAGAAGUACGUGCUGAACGAAGACAUGUCCGACAUUCCCGCUGCCAGACAGCAUCUGAGGAAACUGAGAAACAUCCGCUACACCUUCAACACCGUGCUGCUCGUCUUCAUCUGGAGAGUCUUCAUCGCCCGCUCUCAGAUGGCCAGAAACAUCUGGUACUUCGUGGUCAGCCUCUGUUACAAGUUCCUCUCCUACUUCCGGGCAUCCAGUACUUUAACCAACUGAGAGUUCCGGGGCCGGCGCUGUCAGCAGAACCCGCAUCAGAGAUCCUGCCUCCCACCCAGGACGACUCCUCCCCCUGGUGGAUCAGCAGGAGGAGUCUGAGGGCAAGUGAAGAUGUCCAGUAGCCAUGUUUAGUUUGGGAUUCUAAUCCGCACCUUCAGCCACCAAACACGUCCGAUCAUUCUGUCUCUCUUCUCAAAGUGGCCAACUAUAUAUGCAAGCAGGCUUCUGGUGUGGCUCCCGCCUCGUCUCCGUCCCGCCCAUCUCAGUUCGAUGCCUUUGAUGCUUUCAUUUCUCGCGUGACAGACGCCGGCGGCAGGUUGCGUCGAGGGAUGUGUGGAUAUGUGGUAGAGCGAGACGUCACGUGUCAAAACUGCCUUCCUAACCAGACGACGCUCACGGGUGCGUGGGCUUCAGGUCCUCCUGAGAGCUACUGCUGAGUGUAUUUGUCCAAUUACGAGCCCAAGGUUAGUGAGAUGCCUCCAGAUCUCCUUCACCCUCUCCAAAUCCACUGGACCAAACAUUGAGGAGUCCCGAACAGAACAUGUCAGAUCUGUACAACAGUGAUGGAGGGAUGUUUUAUCACAGCAUCAAACAGUCUUUAAUAUUAGCUGCACCUAAAAUACGUAUAUAUUUAAAUGAAUUUUAAUAGUUGCACCUUCAUCCACACUAUGGUUUUAUGGAGUCCUGAAAAGACAGACUGAGAGGGGCCGGGCCUGGUGCCUUGAGGAACGCCGAGGUGAUAUUACUCUCCUCGACCCAGAAUUGUAAUGAUUUUAUUUUUACCUUUUAAACUAAUUAUUUAAUGAUGAACACAAGCAUCUCCUUGUUGGACAUCAAGACCCCCGGAGCCAAGACUCGGAUUAACACUCUUGACUCUUCAUUAGACAAAUACACUCGCGCCACUUCGGGGAGACGAAACCGCGACCGGGAGCUUCGACUUUUCGCCUGUUUGUACAGCAGUUUGUACGUUUCCUACUUUUACAUCUUUAUACUUGGUGCGCGGCCGGAGCGUGGGGACGAAGGCGGUGGUGGGAGAAGAGUUCGUGUCUUCAUCUGGAUGAUAAAGGACAGAGCAGUGUGUUUUCUAAAAAAAACAAAAACAAAACAAAA